AUGAGUUGGAGUGAUAUUUUCUACCCUGGAAAUCCUGAAAGAAGAGAGCAGCUUAUUCGCAAAAGUGAAGAUCUCAAAAACCUGAUGGAAAACAACUUCCGAGCCACCAACAAACUCAUCGCUGUUUUAAAUGAGCACUUAGGAUAUUCCUUCAGUAAUAUCACCCUGGAUGAGAAAGCUGAUGUUAAGCAUAACUGUGAUAUAUUAAUUAUGCGCAUACAUGAGAUCCAGGCUGCUGUGGAGAAGCUUGACCAGGAGCUGAAAGACAAGUUGGAACCAACCCUGUAUGAGAAACUGAAGAAAAUGGAUCUGAGACUGAACACCUCUGAGCACGCAAAAGUUGCAAAAGCUGUUAUUGGAGUUGCUGCAGUUGGAACUGGUGUUGCAGUUUCUUGGCUAAUGAAAAGUGGAAUGAUUCUGGAAAACAUCGUAUUGAAAUACGGUUUACUUACAUCAACGUUUGUUGCAAAUGUUGUUAUCGGGGUGGUGUUCUUGGGGAUUGGUAUGAUUGUUGAGGCUAUUAUGGGGAGCAUUGAGCGUGAUCAGCUUGAACAUGACCUGAAAGAGUAUGACAGCGCUUUGGAUAAAUUCAAACCAGCAUCUGAAGACUAUCAGGAUAGCAUAUUUGAAGUCAUGGCAGAUAUUAAAAGGAUGAAAAAGAAGUUGUAG